AACCUCUUAGAGUUGGUUGCAUGUCCCCAGCAAUUGGAACAUUCUACUUGUUCAAAACUUGACUCUACAUUACCUUCAGCGUUAGUCGGUUGAAUUGCUCUUUCUUUGCGACGCAUGAGACACGCAAUAUGUUUAAAACAGAUUCUCGAUUUGAAUGGGUUGUGAACUAUUGUUUUAUCAUAAUGUAAAACACUAUAUUGAACGAGCACAAAUGAAGCAGGAAAGAGGGGAUUUGGGCUUCCUUUUGGUUUUGUGUUUGCCAUCUAAACUUCGUCGCUUUGAUGUGCUCUGUGAGGUGAAGUGCGAUUGCUAGCGUAACAUCAUCAAGAGGGUCAUCUCACAAACUAGCUCCACUACGAGGUUGAGCGUAUAGAAAGCAGUUGCUCUGGUGUAUUUUGUUGUAUACUCGAACCCAAGACUUCUUCCAAGUAUCUCAUUUCACGCAACAACUCCUGGGCUUCAUUUUGUCGCUAAUCGUGUUAACUAGCUAAGUUUUGUACAUACAGAAACGUCUGCGAUAUCUUGCAUCAUCCCAAUGUUACUCCAAGUUCCUUUUUCUGCAUUAUUUAUGAAAGAUCCUGAUUUGAAGCAGUAUGAGACGUAUCUUGAAUUGAGCUCUCGGAACUCUCUAGGGAUGUUCAAUCCCUGUCUCACUCUCGUGUAUUCAUGGAAUUGGAGGCGUUGCUUAUGAAUUGCGGUGGCAUAAUAGAUAUUUAUGUGGCCAUGUGGCACUUUAACGACAAAAAUAAUCCACACCCCAUACAGCUUGAGUGAAGAUGGAACACCUCGAAGAUUAAUGAUUUCUUCUGCCAGACGGGCAAAGGAAAUUGAGUGUCCUGCUUGCAAACUCCAGUGCCCAGUGACUAAAUUUGCUCAGUGCCGCCAUCACGGCUUUACGUGUAUAAAGUAUCUUGUGUUGCGUUAAUAAGAAUGCCUCCAAGGUAUUAAGCAGCUGCUCUCCAUGGGGAAUUGGCACGAGUGGAAAGCCCAUCCGACCUCCACAUACCUAAAGAAGGCUGUCAAGCAGUCAUGUGUGUGGAACCUUUCCAAGAGCCAUUGUGUCCAGACUUGAGGUCCCUUUCUCUAAAUUAUUAGCGUUGGAAAUCUGGGCGAGUGAUUGGUUACUAUCACCCGCACUAUGGAAAACAAACGGCUGAGAACGAGGAAGUACCUGGUUUAAUUGUGUUGGAGAUAGAUGUUCGAACUCUAGAAACAGAAUGAAGCUCUCUCUGAGGACAAGAGUGUUGAAAACCAUUAGUAAAUGGAUGUGACUUAAACGAAGCGUUAUUCGACCCUACUUCAAGUUCCUGAAGGUGACUCUCAUAUGCGUUAAUUAUUUGUGACUUGCGGUCUCUCUACCUCUUUCGUCUUACACUCCUCAAAUAGGGGCGAAUCAUAGUACAAGGAAUGAUGACACAUCUCGGACCCUGUUCACCGUGUAUUGAUUUCUCGCUAGAUUGCUCGCAAGCUGUUGUUUGCAUAGCAUUAUUUAAAGAGAACGAGACACAGAUCAUUUUUGAGAGUGCGGGAAAACAACCAAGGAAUGAUGUGAAUAUGGUUCGUGCUGGAGAGCAAGAGAGAAGCUUUCGGAGCUAUCCUGCCCAAGUUCUUCCUAGAAUCCUUUUCUGACGCCAACUAAGAUAUCCGAACCAACGCUCAGUGGUAUAAUAUUCUCAUAAAUCAACUAUGAAAAUGUUGGAAAUCGGCAUCUCCGUGCUUCCAAGAGUCUUUGCUCGUACCUCGAUGUCAUUGAGCUCUUUGAGAGGAACUUAAUUCGGUGAGGCUACGGCCAAGUGUUCUUAUUAAAGCUCUUAUCCAUAAAGGUUCCACUUUUUAUCCGACUCAAUUGCGAACAAAAUCAUUUCGAUUUACCUGCUGCUAUUGUGGACACAAGCGUCUUUACACGUGAAGAGCUCGUCGCUCUACUCUUUGAGUUUCUUACGUGGAUUGAACUGGUUCUCAGGGAUUCUACGAAGAAGCGGGCAUUUUCCCCUGAAAAACAAAAUCCGUUUUUUUGGGCUUUAUUUGGCCUAAAAGUCAAACUGAGUGAAUACUGAUGGUAGAAAACUUCGCAGACAUCCUUCAAAUGAAAGGUGCACAAAUUUACUAUUGUGUGCCACGUUAUUUCAUUGAAUGAAAAAAGAAGACCAAAUAUACCAUUGCAAGUAAAGACAUCGCUCCUACGACAAGAAGAAAAAGAAGAAAAAAAACCAGCCCUCGCUGGAAAAAGGCCUCAUCCCAUCUAUAUGAGCUCAUUUCGACGAGAACUUUGAUUCAUUUUCUCUUGGUCGAAUAUGUGCAUAUUUGAGGUUUGAACUCUUGAUGAAUCUUCAGGAGAAUGGUGUUGACUUAAAAAAAUCGUACUAACCUAUCUUGGGGUGAGAUAGUUUAGGCCUCUGCGAGCCUCACAACCUUUUUUCCCUCUUUGAGACCAUGGGUUGCGCCACCUCAAAAACCAAUUCCCAGGUUAGCGAUGGUCAAGUCUCAAUAGAAGGGCCCCCAAAAAGAACUCGGGUGAAGAAGAAGGUAGAAGACUCUGCCAACAAUAACCAUGGGCCACCCUCUAGCGGAGAUGAUGGCGUAUCCCUAGGGAGUAUCGGUUCAGAUAUCAGCCGACCACCCACACCCUUCAGCCGACCUCUCACGGCGAAGGUAGCACAACGUCCUUCUACAACUACUAUUUUCGAGGAUGGAUCCCGUGGGAGUCAAUCCAAUUUGAAGGAUAGAAAGAGGAAUUCUUCGGAUCCCCAUGCGUUUUUAUCAGUGAAAUCCCAGUCCUUAUCUGCCACUGGGGCUAAUUCAUCAAUAAAGGAUGAGUCGAAUUCGCUUUCCUCGUCAUCGGCCAGAAGUCGAAAGAGCCAAAACGAGGAUAUACUUGCACCAUCCGGUCUUGGUGCGCGGAAGCUUUCAGGGAAAAUGAAUGGAGCAGAUGAGGAGGACAUUCGACAGUUAAAAGCUUUUCUCAAAGAAAAAGGGCUCUAGGCCCUUGAGUUGUUUACUCAAUGUGAUCUAGUAGGCAAGCGGACUUUGAAGGAAGAGACUGACAGAUACGAUCCUAUCUCAUCACCGAGUCGUCAAUAAUACUCCAGCAAGAUGGUAUCGCUGAAUCCUCUGAGAGAUGCCGAGUGAGAGGAAUAUAAACCCUGUCUCCGACUUAUUGCUCUUUAAGAAUAGAUUUUUCAUCGGAUACACAAUUAAUCUUGAUCAAAUUUUCAUCUUAUUGUGGAAAUGGUUUUCUAUUUCCUGGAACUCCUUGAUCCACUUCGAACCAACCAACCUUGGGCUGGUGCAAGAAACAAAGCUGAUUGAUUGAAUGCUUCAACUAAACUUACUAUUAUAAUCAGAUGCACCAAACCUGUGUGGAUGUUGUGAUUGGUGACACGUGUCUGUUAGCAGAAUUUGUUGAAAAUAUAGACAUGAUAUUAAAGAUUUAUACAUUUACCAUA